UGUUGCCGAUCAGAUGCGCGAGUGUCCUGUAUGUAGCGUCCCUUUCGAUGGCCACGCGCCUUAAGUCGAACCUUGCCGUCGGCAAUUUUGACCUGUAGUAUCUUAUCGACGGUUGCCAAGGUUACCGUAUACGUAUAGCGCCAAGUAAGCGCUUGUCCAGGGUUGCGGAACUCAAGAUACCAAAGAGGUUACACUCCCCGCUCAUAUGCUGCAGAUUGAAAAUCAGCCAACGUUAAUCCGUACAGCUUGCGAGAACCCGAAAAUGUUAAAACCCAAGCUCGUAGCCACUUUGCUUGCGCUCAUUUUGAGCUUCACCCAAGCAACCAUGCCCGACUCUUUCGACAUCACCGCUCCUCCCGGCACCGACAUCUGGCGCAAACCCCCAAGCACAAACAGGUGCGUCUUCACCAAAGGAUCUCAUGCACGUGAAGCAUGGUAUUAAGCAGCUCCAGCUUCUCUGCGCCCACUUAUCCUCUUAUUUCUGCGCCUGUCCCUCUAAAAACUUUCAAUCGCGCCCGUCUUACCCUUAGUGGUCGUUGGACGACACAAUACGACCAGGGUGGCCUGCUGCUCCAUCUUACCCAGCCGGGCGCGGCGGCAAGCUCUGGCUCUGACCGCUGGCUCAAAACCGGCAUCGAGUAUUACCAAUCGCGCGCUUUCCUGAGCACCGUCGCCACGCAGACGUACUCUGACUGGAGCGUCAUGCCACCGGCCGAUGGCGAAAGUAAGAGCGUGACGGUGGAAGUGCGCAGAGAGGGCGACGCGCUGGGGACAAGCUUGUGGGUGUAUGAGUUGGUGCUGGGAGAUGAUGGGCAGGUGAAGGAGCGGAGGCCGUUGCGGGAGUGCACAUGGUGGUUUGCGGAGGAGGAUGGAUGGGUGAUUGAUGUGAGGGCCAUGGCAGCAAGGCCGGCAAGCAAGGCGGAUGUGGGAGGGGACUUGGUGGUGACAUUUCAAGAUGUGGAAAUUGAUCUUUCGCUAUAAACAGGUAGUAGGUUAUGUAGUAGACAGGACUGACUGAGUGAUGACCGCAAUGGAAGCUAGUUGUUCUGAUCGGGCCGACUCGACAAUCAGCGU